CAUUAUUCAUUGCCAAAAAUAUUAGGAAGAAGAAAAAUCUACAAGAAACUCACUAGCCUGCAUUGUCUUUCUCAAGGUCACAGUUUCAGGAGGAGUCUUUUUUUGAGUCCAGUUCACAAGAAGGGUAUUCUACUCAACAGUUCAAGCAACUUCUUUUAUGCAGUAGUAUAAAAAUAAUCUGAUAAUGGGCUUAGGUCAUGAGCAAGGAUUUGGAGCUCCCUGUUUAAAAUGCAAAGAAAAAUGUGAAGGAUUUGAACUGCACUUCUGGAGAAAAAUAUGUCGUAACUGCAAGUGUGGUGAAGAAGAACAUGAUGUCCUAUUGAGCAAUGAAGAGGACCGAAAAGUAGGGAAACUUUUUGAAGACACCAAGUAUACCACUCUGAUUGCAAAGCUAAAAUCAGAUGGAAUUCCCAUGUACAAACGCAAUGUUAUGAUAUUGACCAAUCCAGUUGCUGCCAAAAAGAAUGUCUCCAUCAACACAGUUACCUAUGAAUGGGCUCCUCCUGUCCAGAAUCAGGCAUUGGCCAGGCAGUACAUGCAGAUGCUGCCCAAAGAAAAGCAGCCAGUGGCGGGUUCAGAGGGGGCACAGUACCGGAAGAAGCAGCUGGCAAAGCAGCUUCCUGCACAUGACCAGGACCCUUCAAAGUGUCAUGAGUUGUCUCCCAAAGAGGUGAAGGAGAUGGAGCAGUUUGUGAAGAAAUACAAGAACGAGGCUCUGGGAGUUGGAGAUAUCAAACUUCCCUGUGAGAUGGAUGCUCAAGAUUCCAACAGAAUGUACAUUCCUGGUGGAGGCAGAAGCACCGUGGCAGCAGUGGGGACCGUGAAGGACAAAUUGGCUGAACAGAGAACAACUCAAUAUUCCUGCUACUGCUGCAAACUGAGUAUGAAGGAAGGUGACCCAGCCAUCUAUGCUGAAAGGGCUGGCUAUGAUAAGCUUUGGCACCCAGCUUGUUUCAUCUGCAGUACCUGCCAUGAACUCCUGGUUGACAUGAUUUAUUUCUGGAAGAAUGGGAAGUUAUACUGUGGCAGACAUUACUGUGACAGUGAGAAACCUCGCUGUGCUGGCUGUGAUGAGCUGAUAUUUAGCAAUGAGUAUACCCAGGCAGAAAACCAAAAUUGGCACCUGAAACAUUUCUGCUGCUUUGACUGUGACAACAUCCUAGCUGGGGAAAUAUAUGUGAUGGUCAAUGACAAGCCCGUGUGUAAGCCUUGCUAUGUGAAGAAUCAUGCUGUGGUUUGUCAAGGAUGCCACAAUGCCAUUGAUCCUGAAGUACAGCGGGUGACCUAUAACAAUUUCAGCUGGCAUGCAUCCACAGAGUGCUUUCUGUGCUCCUGCUGCAGCAAAUGUCUCAUUGGGCAGAAGUUUAUGCCAGUAGAAGGGAUGGUUUUCUGUUCAGUGGCAUGUAAGAAGCUGAUGUAUUAAGAGGAGAGCACCAAGCAGUAUUGAGCCGUAGCUAUCCAAAGUGGUCUGCAUUUCUACUGUAAAAUGCAAUUUGGAAAAAUAAAUGAGAAAAAAAGAAACU